GCGCCGCCAUGGAGGGUGAGGCCAACGGGACCCUGCACCCGUCCUGCGGCGCCAGCGAGCCGCCCUACUCGCAGGAGCUUCUCCAGAGCCUUGACCUACCAGGGAGAUUUCUCUUUGCAAUCUUGACUCUGAUGAUGCUAAUUGCCAAUCUGGUGUUUAUAGAGGAAGCGGUCUACAUCUACAGGAAAAUCCCCUCCUCCAAAAGAUCAAUCAUCAUUUGGGUUAAUGCUGCAGCUCCAGUGAUCGCUACUACUUCAUGCACUGGCAUGUGGAUUCCUCGCUCAACGAUGUUUACAGAUUUCACAGCAGCAGUAUUUUUUGCCAUAGUUAUCCACAAGUUCCUGAUGAUGAUGAUUAAAGAUUGUGGAGGUCAAAAGCUGCUCCUCAAGCGGUUUGAAAAUGGUCACUUCAAGAUCAGCACCGGUCCCUGCUGUUGCUGUUGCCUUUGCCUCCCUCGUGUGCGCAUCAGUAGGCGAAGCCUCUUUUGGCUGAAGCUGGGCACCCUUCAGUUUGCUUUCCUUCGGCCUGUGCUCAUGUUUUUAUCAAUAGUGCUUUGGACUAAUGGCAAUUACACCCUUUACAAUGUAUCAACCAAAGGAGCUGCAAUAUGGAUAAGCUGUGUGGUUGGUGUCCUCACCAUUAUUGCUCUGUGGCCAGUUGCAAUCAUGUUUCAGCAAGUUAGGACUCUCCUUAUCUGUAAGAAGAUCAUCCCAAAGUUUGCUCUUUAUCAGUUUAUUCUCAUUCUAAACCACCUACAGACAUCCAUUAUCAACAUCUUGGCCACACAAAGAAUCAUACCCUGCGCUCCACCACUCUCCUCUUCAGCAAGAGGAGCAUAUAUGACCCAGCAGCUCCUCAUAAUGGAAAUGUUUCUGAUAACCCUCAUCUCAAGGGUGGUCUAUCGGAGAAAAUACAAUGACCUAGAGCCUCUGGAGUGUAAGGCUGAAGAAGCUGGGGACAACAAGCAGACUCCAAAGAUUAUCCUAAAUGGCACAGUUACUGAAGAUGGAUUGCCAAGGGUUUAGAAGACCUCUGUGCUCCUGUUCUGUGGCGCUGGAAGCUCAUCUUCAGGAGCUUACACAUUCUUGCAUCACAAAUAACCACUGUCCGUGUUGGAACAACUUCUGACACAAAUGCCUGUGAGCUAUGGUACUGAAAGGGCCACUAGUGGAAAGAUAACCCCUUUAUUCUCUGGUGAUACAUACAUGAUGUGAGUGGUUUUGUACCAUGUAAUCUAGUAAGAUUUUAUACCAUGUAUUUUUAUGCUGUUAUUGAGCACUCAAUGGUGGCCAAACUGUCUCACAAUG